UAUUGCGUGACCCAACAACAACCGUACUCUCUCUGCUCUGCUUUCACAGUGCUGUGUGCUCCGUGCUCUUAACCUUUUUUCCAGUGCCCUCUCGUCCUCAUGCAGAAAAAGCUUUUCCUAAAAAUCAAUUCAAUACGACUCCCAAGAAUCUCCUGUCAGUCCUCCAUAGAUUUCUCCGCCGCACCUUUUUGCUUUUUGUUUUGUUUUGUUUUUUUUUUUUUGUUGAGUCCUGUCUCCGAUGCAUUUCUACUAGUAAACGCUCAAUUUCAACUAUCUCUGUGUGUGUGUGUGUUCUGAUUCUCGUUUUCUUCGAUUUUCUUUGAUUCUUGAUCUGUUUGUUUUCUAUCAUUUCCAUUUUCCAGGUAAAUUUCACCCCAACGCCUCUCUCUCUCUCUCUCUCUCUCAACCUCCUUCGUCUUCCUCCAACUUCUCUAACCCUACUUCAUCAACAGCCUCAUCCCACCAAAAUCCGCUGUCGUUUGCUGCCGUCUCCUCAAUCAAUCACCUCAUCCCACCAAAAUUCGGUCUCCUGAUCGCGCACCAAAGAGCGUUGUUUUGCUCCGAAGGGUGGUUGUACUCGUCUCCCUCUCUGCCUCACCCUCUCUCUCUCUCUCAAUCUCUGCUUCACCCUCUCUAAUUGAAACCCGCCAAAACCCAAACUCAAACCUUAAUCAACCUUCUCUGAUGACGACAAUGGAAGGAGAGGGAUGAUGAAUUCUACGUAUGAUCUUUCAAGGGGUUAUAGCAGCUCACUGGAGCAAGAUUUUGGGAGACCCUCGUCAAAUUUUGACAAUGGCAGCUCCAAUAGCUUGCCAUUGGAGAUGCUCUAAGUUCGUCUUCAUUUUUUUACUCAUUUCAGCAUUUCCCCUCUCCCCGCCCUUUUCAUUUCCUUUUUAUGAGGAUUUUGGUUGUUUGAUGCCUCAAGUAAAUUAUUAAUUAUUUAUUCAUUUUGAUUAUCAUGGAUUUUUGUUGAAUAUUAUGUUCAGAAAAAUAUGGAUACAUUUUUGCAGAGCCAGCUAUGGUUAUGUUCUUCUCUUUCUCUCUCUCUCGCUCUCUUGAUUUUUAGAAAAAAGGAUUGAUUUGGAGACAUGGGGUUCUGGGAAAUUCUUGUUAGCUGGUAAAGUCUUGGUUUUUUAAUACCAAAAUGAUAAAAUGUGACUGGGUGUACACAUGAUUAUUGGUAAUGUAAGCUUUUGGUCUGUUUGUUAGCUGGGAAACAGAGUCAGGAGAGUGAGUGAAUGAGAUGAGUCUUCUCUGUUGGAUUAGGCUGUAUGUUGUGCAUCAUGUUGGUUUUAAAUUUUUUUACAGAUUCACGCCAUAAAUAUAGUUUGAAUUUUUUAAGAUUUGUGUCAUAGAAAUAAAUUUGCAUGUUCAGUGCAGAAUCGCCUAAAAAUUUUGGUUAGAUAUAUGAUCGAUGUGGAUGCUUAAGUACCCGGGAAUGGCGGUAGUGCUCCAAGUGAAAAGAAGAUAAUUAUACACCAUUCGGCCGACACCCUUUUGGCCUUUUGGGACUAUUGAGGCCACUUGCUAAGCAGACAUGAAGAGAAGGAAUAUACAUCGAAGCACGCAUCCAUUUGAUGCAAGCCGUAAAUUUCACUCCAACUUUGCGUGAUCGUGCUAGCUUUUGACUUUCGCUACCUCAAUUUGGGACGAUUGAGGUCAUUUGUUAAGCGGUCAUGAAGAGAAGGAACAUACAUCAAAGCACGCAUCCAUUCGAUGCAAGCCCUUUUGAGGCAUAUUACUUUGGCUCAUGGAAAACUGUGGAGCGCUUACAAAUUAGGAAUGGGGUCAUAACCAUGCUUUUGUUUGAUUAUGGAGAUUUGAUUGAAGAAAAUGUUCCCAUCUCCAACUUGCGAAUAAGAUCAAGAAAAGCCACUUUGUCAGAUUGCACCUGCUUUCUAAGGCCUGGACUUGAUAUUUGUGUGCUAUCGACCCCUCAAGGUACUGAAGAUUCAAGUGAUGAUGAAAAUCAGGAUCCAAUCUGGGUGGAUGCUAAAAUAAAUUCUAUCGAGAGGAAGCCUCAUGAACCUAAAUGUACUUGCCAAUUUUAUGUUAGCUUUUAUGUUACACAAGGUCCUCUUGAUAUGGCAAAGAAAACCCUCAGUAAAGAGACCGUCUUGGUGCAACUUGAUCAAAUUUCCAUCCUUCAAAAACCUGAAUGGAAGCCUUGUGAAAAUGAGCAUUACCGUUGGGAAUUCUCUGAGGAUUGCUCUUCACUGCAAAAAUAUAAAUUGUUUACUGGAAAAUUCUCGGCUGAUAUUUCUUGGCUACUUGUUGCAUCCGUUUUGAAGCAAAUUGAUUUUGAUGUAAGGGCGAUUCAAAACAGGAUUGUCUAUCAGAUUUUGGAUGAUGAUUGUGAUGAUGGUUCGCCAAAUCCAGAAAGCCAUUCAAAAGCUUUGAAUUUUAAAUUAGAGAACGAAGUUUCAGUCCCCAUUCUUGUGCCCUUUACUCCAGAGAAGGAAACUGAUCUUGGCAUGAAUGAAGGUGAACCAUCUUCAUUUUAUGAUCCAAUGGGUUUGCGGCGAUCCAAGCGUCGCUAUGUACAACCUGAACGUUACUUAGGUUGUGAUGAUUUGCCCGAGUCGGAUAUUGAUGCGACUCGAAUAGGGACACAUAAAACAUACAGAUGGGAAUAUGAAGAAAUGCCAUUGGCACUCUCAAUCCAGGCUGAUCAUGCAUAUUAUUCGGACAAGAAUUCUAAGUUCGAUGAAAGGGACCACUCGAAGUAUUCCUGUGAUAAUCUUUUGGAGUGCCGGAGUAUGAUCAAAUCAAGAGAGAUCGAUUCAGUUGCAUCAAAUAGAAGAGAACAUCAAGCACAACUUACUUAUCAUAGAAAAGAUCAAAUGCAACUUGCUAUCGUUCCUGUGCCUGAUGAAACUAAUCAAAUGGUCCAUGUGGAGGAUCCUCUUGAUGCUGAGAUUCCUCGGAAUUAUUCAGGAGAUACUGGUGAAACAGGUUCCAAGUAUAUUUACUUAAAUGGUAGCCUUAGGGUACAUAGAAAGAGCACUUCUGAGUUAGAUUUUACAGAGGCUGAUGGUAGAUUUCACUGGAAAGGUUCACGUAAGAAAUUCCGAAUUAGAAGGAAUUUUUCUAUAUUUUUAAAAAGGGAGAGUUUCCGUGACGCAGGAACUAAUAGAAGAAGAUCCUUUAGUGCGAGUAUGUACAGGGAAACGAUAAAGAGAUGUAUGGAGAACAUAAAAUCCACAAUUAAUAAAGAGCAACCACUAAUUAUUGACAAGUGGAAAGAAUUCCAGGCAGCAAAAUCCUCGAACCAAAGGGACAGCAGUGAUGUGCCCUCCUCAAUAAACGAGGAAGAAAACUCAGAAAUUGAAAUGUUGUGGAAGGAAAUGGAACUUUGCAUGGCGUCGGCUUAUCUUCUUGAGGAUGAUGAGGGUUCCAAUGUUGAAAUUCCUGCCGAUCUUGCACAAAAUUCAAGCAAGCACAGAGGAGUUUGCCGACAUGAAUACAAAAUCAAUGAAGAAAUUGGAAUUCUAUGCCAUUUAUGUGGCUUUGUGCUCACUGAAAUAAAAGAUGUCACGCCAACCUUUUUGCAAUCCAAGAUUUCGAUGCCAAACACAGGGCAACGCAAUGAAGAAGAUUCAGAGAAUAUGAAGACAAACGUGGCUUGAUCUUAUGCUCUCCUGCUGACUCCAAUACCCUUUAUCAGAGGGGAAGACAACGUGUGGGCCUUGAUACCUGAGCUUAAAAGAAAAUUACGUUUCCACCAAAAGAGAGCAUUUGAAUUUCUGUGGCGUAACAUUGCUGGUUCUUUGGUACCGGCACUUAUGGAACCAGCAGCCGACAAAAGAGGUGGUUGUGUUAUCUCUCACUCUCCUGGGGCUGGUAAAACUUUGCUUAUCAUUGCAUUCCUCGUAAGCUACUUGAAGUUAUUCCCUGGAUCACGCCCAUUGGUCCUUGCUCCGAAAACAACGCUCUAUACCUGGUACAAAGAAAUAAUUAAGUGGGAAAUUCCUAUUCCGGUUUACCAAAUCCAUGGUGGUCGAACCUACAGAGGCGAAGUCUUAAGGCAGAAGCUGAGAUUAGCUCCUGGAGAACCAAAACCCAACCAAGAUGUUAUGCAUAUUUUAGACUGCCUUGAGAAAAUUCAGAAGUGGCUUGCUCAACCAAGUGUACUUCUGAUGGGUUAUACCUCUUUUCUCACACUGACACGAGAAGACUCGAAAUUUGCUCACAGACAAUACAUGGGCCAAGUGUUGCGGCAAAAUCCCGGGAUUCUUAUACUUGAUGAGGGGCACAACCCGAGAAGCACUAAAUCGAGGUUGAGGAAGGCUUUGAUGAAGGUUGACACAGGGCUGAGAAUUUUGCUAUCAGGUACAUUGUUUCAGAACAAUUUUGGAGAGUAUUUCAACACACUCACUUUGGCUAGACCGAGUUUCGUUAGUGAGGUGUUAAGGGAAUUAGACCCAAAGUUCAAGAGGAGAAAGAAAGGUGCAAAAACACGCUUUUCGCUUGAAAACAGAGCGAGAAAGUUCUUCAUUGAUAAAAUUGCAAAGAAGAUCGAUUCAAGCGUUGUGGAUGAAAGAAUGCAAGGUCUGAAUGUGUUGAGGAAUUUGACGAGCGGUUUUAUAGACGUACAUGAAGGUGGAAGCUCUGACAACCUUCCUGGUUUACAAUGUUACACCCUAAUGAUGAAAUCAACACCGUACCAGCAAGAGCUUCUGACAAGACUUCAGAAUCAAAGACCUGCAUACAAAGGAUUUCCACUUGAAUUGGAGCUUCUGAUUACUCUUGGUUCGAUACAUCCUUGGUUGAUCCGAACUACAGUGUGUGCUAGUCAAUACUUCAGCAUGGAAGUGUUGGAUGAUCUUGAGAAAUAUAAGUUCGAUUUGAAGUUGGGUUCUAAAGUGAGAUUCGUCAUGAGCCUUAUACCUCGGUGCAUCAUCAGGAAAGAGAAGGUUCUGAUCUUCUGCCACAACAUUGCUCCGAUUAAUCUAUUUCUAGAGAUAUUCGAUGCAUUCUAUGGGUGGCGGAAGGGCAAUGAAGUUUUGGUCCUUCAAGGGGACCUCGAACUUUUCGAACGUGGCAGAGUAAUGGAUAAGUUUGAGGAACCGGGUGGGUCCUCAAAAGUGAUGCUCGCUUCAAUCACUGCUUGUGCUGAAGGGAUUAGUUUGACUGCAGCAUCGCGUGUGAUCUUACUAGAUUCGGAGUGGAACCCUUCGAAGAGCAAGCAAGCGAUUGCACGGGCUUUUAGGCCCGGUCAAGCAAAAGAGGUGUAUGUGUACCAGCUCUUGGCUACAGGGACUCUUGAAGAAGAGAAGUACAGUAGAACCACAUGGAAAGAGUGGGUGUCGAGCAUGAUUUUCAGCGAGGAGCACGUGGAGGACCCAUCCCAAUGGCAGGCAGAGAAAAUUGAAGACGAUAUCUUGAGAGAGAUCGUGGAAGAGGAUCGGGCUACAUUGUUCAAUAUGAUCAUGAAGAAUGAAAGGGCUUCAAAUGCAGUAGUGAGAGGUAAAGAAUAGAUUGACAUGAAUAAUAACAAUGGUUGAUCUAGGUAGUACCAGCUUCUUGUUGUAUGCGUGAUUAAGUAAAACUAAAUAAUUUUUAAUUUUUUUUUCAUGGCUGUUGAUAAGAAUUGAUGUUUAUGGGUUAUCUUCUUGCUGUUCAUCUGAGAUGGUAUUAUCUAUAUCCUGUUGUUGACAUUCAUUGAUCUUCAUGAAGUAAUGAAAAAAGUGUAGAAAGAGUCGCACAUUUGAAAUAA